GGAAGUAGUCAUCAUCUCAAUGGUUCCGCCUCCGGCAGACAUAUUGCUGCGUUUACUGUAGCAAAUUAUUUCAUAUAGCAAAAAGAAAAGGUAGAAAGUUUUCUACAUUUCUUUCGGGUACACUGCGCCAUACGCUGAAACCAUAUGGAGAACACAAUGGAGCCGUCAGCUAGUCCGGCCAAGGAUAAUAACUACAGGAUGAACCGCUACAAGAACAAAGCGUUGAACCCUGAAGAGAUGAGGCGCAGGAGAGAAGAGGAAGGCAUCCAGCUUAGGAAACAAAAACGGGAACAACAGCUUUGCAAACGGAGGAAUGUGGAUGUCCUCACUGAGGAGGAAGCAAUGUUGGAGAGCCCUCUAGUGGACUCGCAGCUCAGUUUACCAGUCACGGAAGGAGUCAUCACUAGAGAUAUGGUGGAGAUGCUUUUCUCAGAGGACCCUGAGCUUCAACUGGCCACAACGCAAAAGUUCAGGAAACUCCUCUCUAAAGAGCCUAACCCACCAAUUGAUGAGGUCAUAAACACAAGCGGAGUCGUCGAGAGAUUUGUGCAAUUCCUCAAGAUGAGCAGCAACUGCACUCUACAGUUCGAAGCCGCUUGGGCGCUGACCAACAUUGCAUCAGGCACGUCCAUGCAGACCAAGACGGUCAUAGAAGCCGGCGCUGUGCCUAUCUUCAUAGAGCUCCUAAAUUCAGACUUUGAGGAUGUGCAGGAGCAGGCUGUGUGGGCUUUGGGGAAUAUUGCAGGAGACAGUGCCUUGUGCAGGGACUAUGUGUUGAACUGCAACAUCCUUCCACCUGUGUUAAUGCUUCUGACUAAAUCCACUAGACUUACAAUGACCAGGAAUGCUGUGUGGGCCCUGUCUAAUCUCUGCAGGGGAAAAAACCCUCCACCUACCUUUGAAAAGGUGUCUCCCUGUCUCCCGGUGCUGUCCAGACUUCUAUUUAGCAGUGACCCAGACUUGCUGGCAGACGCCUGCUGGGCACUGUCCUACCUCUCUGACGGCCCCAAUGAAAAAAUCCAGGCUGUCAUCGACUCCGGUGUCUGCAGACGACUCAUAGAACUGCUAAUGCACACGGACUACAAGGUGGCCUCCCCUGCCUUGAGAGCUGUAGGAAAUAUUGUGACCGGAGAUGACAUACAGACACAGGUAGUGUUAAACUGCUCCGCCCUGCCUUGUCUCCUGCACCUACUGAGUAGUGCCAAAGAGUCCAUUCGCAAAGAAGCAUGCUGGACCAUCUCUAACAUCACAGCCGGGAACCGAGCACAGAUACAGACCGUUAUCGACGCGAACAUUUUUCCAGUACUGAUUGAAAUUCUACAAAAAGCAGAGUUCAGGACUAGGAAGGAGGCCGCCUGGGCGAUCUCCAAUGCCACUUCUGGAGGGACUCCUGAACAGAUCAGGUAUCUGGUGAACCUGGGCUGCAUCAAACCGCUGUGUGACCUGCUCACAGUGAUGGACUCAAAGAUCGUCCAGGUAGCCCUCAACGGCCUCGAGAAUAUCCUGAGGCUGGGCGAGCAGGAAGCCAAGCAGGAAAAUCACGCCACGGGCAUCAAUCCGUACUGCAGCCUCAUCGAAGAAGCUUACGGUCUGGACAAGAUUGAGUUCCUGCAGAGUCACGAGAACCAGGAAAUCUAUCAGAAGGCCUUUGACCUGAUCGAGCAUUAUUUCGGAGUAGAGGAAGAAGACAGCAGCCUGGUGCCCCAGGUAGAUCAAGAAAACCAGCAGUUCCUCUUCCCACAGCAGGAGGCACCCAUGGAGGGCUUCCAACUAUGAGGAGGUUCAUGUGGAUCAGUUUGAUUGAGGAGGAGGCGCUGUUUCUUGAUGUCAUGCCUCCAGUUUUCUUUCGCCAUACCCCGAAUAAAAGCACGCGCACACUUUUCUGCCACUUGCUUUGGAAAUCUCUCCAUGGCAGGCAUGCCGAUUUGGAGACAUUUUAAUUUCCAAUCCUAUUUUUGAGGAAAGACGCCCACCUCCUUCCUUUAUGUCAGCCCGACAUCCUGACUGUGCAACUAAACAAAUGUACUUAAAAGUAUGUUUUGCUAUUUUUUUUUUGUUCCCCCCCCAAAUUACAUUUAUUUUUUUGUGGAGAGCACUUCUCCAAUUGGCUGAGGGAGGGAAUCUAUCUAAUCCACUGCGAUUCUAAUCACCGACUAACAAGUGUGGGUUUUUUUUUUUUUUUUUUUUUUUAUGUUUGAAUUGAAAUAUUUUUUGUAUGGGCAAGUAGGAAAAAAUGUCAAAAGUUCAGGGUUCCUGCUGGUGGUUUAGUUAGCGUUCAAAACGUCCGCCGUGUGCUGUGUUAUUAAUAGAAUUACGUUUGAAUUACAAAGAGAUCUAACAUUGAAAAAUCUGGGGGUGGUGGCUGCAGUAAAAGUAAAUUUCUAUAUUUAGAUCAGCGUAUAUUUGCAGUAAGGCGACAAUUCCGAGCUCUGCCUCCCAGCUGCAUGUGUUCGCAUGGUUUUGCGGCUGUCUGCACAUCCCGGGCAUCACUCACACAGCAGGAAGCAGUUAUAAUCGUCUAGUGGUGGUGUCCUGUGCUAUAUAGUGCUAGUGGAUGUAUAGCUCUUUUUAAGGCGUUCUGCGUCACUAGUUGAAACAGCGACGGAUUUGCAUGGUUCUCGUGUAACCCCAGCUGUGACGUAGCCCCUUGGCACGGGAUGUCUCGGACAGCACACCAUUCAAUGUGUAGUCCCAUUGGGGUUUUUUUUUUCUUUCUUGGAAUUGAUUAUGAUGUUCCGGUAUUUGUUUGCACCGCACACACACUUGCAUACAACACCCGCAAACACUGCACGUCACACAGAUGAGUGGCUGCAAGCAGACUUGGAAGAAAAGUUUCCUUUGACUGUCAGACUUUAGUUACAACUUUGGCUGUCCUUUUGUGUUUUUGACAAUUUUGCACUUAUGUCAGAAACUAUAAUGUUAUAUUAAGGCCACACUGAAAAACAAGGAUAUGAGGAUUAUACAGUUGUUUGCCUAAGAUUAAUAUAUUCUGGGUUCACGUUUACUAUGUGGAGUUGCCGCCUUUUUUCGUGCUUUUGUAGGUUUUCCUCUGGUAUUUCGUAACCCCACAUUCCAGAAACAUGAACGUCACUGGAUUACGUCCAGCACAAUCGAGACGCUGAGGGAAUGCACUAUUGGAAAAUUCAUUAUUAAAUGCAGUUAGCAAUCUUGACUUUUUUUUUUUGCAUUCGAAAUUUUCUAAUUUAACUUUUUAUGUGGCCCUUGCACUCCUUGACAAAGCACAGAACGUUUAUAUGGAGCAAUUGGACAGUGUAAAUUAAGGAAUCACGAUAUUAGUCUAGAAAUUUACCUUCAAUCUAGUACAGUAAAAUUGCCAUGCACCCAAGGACAGUUGGAAACUUACUUAGCCGCUGCUUGUAGCCACAGCGACUUUUGGAUGGUUUAAAUGAACGGGGUAAAUGCCGGCACGGCGGUCCGGCAUGUAGAAGUAGCACCGGGAACGUGUGAUGUUUUGACUGAGCGGCACUGUGUGAGGAAGAGCUUGCGUGACUCUGUGACUUCUUCCCCAAUCGGAGUCCUAGGGCUUCAGCGUUCUGUGGACAGACAAGGACUAUCCAAUGCUAGUGAUUGUCUUUUCAUUUACAAAUAGCACCACUCAGUCCAUCGCGGACUCUUUUUGAGCUGUUCUUUACAGAGCCUGUGUGCUCUUUUGAAAAAAUGGAAAACAGAGGUGGGAAAUUUUAAGACGCUAAAACAAAUUUGGGAAAAGAAAAAGCUAUAAAGCAAAUUUCCCACUUCUGCUGUUGAAAGCACAUCAAUAAUGGAGCAAAAACAGCUUUCUGUACCUACGUAUGAGCAGGAAUUAUAUAAAAAAAAGUAUAAUUUUAUGACAAUUACUCUGCACUGUGUGUGCAAGGAAUUGUUAAGCGAGGAAAAAAACUAGCAGGAAUAUUUAUUGAUAUUCUUCAAAACUGCACUCCUUCUCACAAAAGUGCCAAUCUGACCAACAAAGACUGGAUAUUCUUGUGUCUUUGACCUCUAUUUUUUUUCUUUUUAUAUAUAUAAAUAUAGAAAUAUAUCUUUUAUUUACUUGAAUGUGCACGCAUACUGUGCAAAAACAUUGCUGCUCUUUUGUUUUCCUUACCUUUUUUAAAGUUAUUUUUCCGUUGUUAAAAAAAAAAAAAAAAAAAAGGUAGCUUUCCAUUCUGCGGGCGCCUGAUUAACAAGUCCGUUUUUGUGAUUUUGACGGAUUUGACUGGCUAGCUCCAGCUACUCUUUCCCCUUACUAUUACAGUCUGCGAAUUGGUUUCAUUGUGCACGUAUUCAAGCUGCGGGAAAUUAUUUUCAUGUGGCUGUCUAUGUGUGUGGUGACCCUGCACAUGAAGAAUUUCAGGUACCGUUAAGUUUACCAAAGUUCCUUUCCCCGAAAUCGAAGGCUGUGAUGUUUCCAUUCAAAGUCCCUCUUGUUUCUGAUCGACUCCCAUUCACUGUCAAGGGAGUCAGACAAAUCCCCAAUUUACUAGACUGCAAUAAAUGUCCAAAAAUCAGACACUCUGGAGAAAAGCAUUACUUCUGCUCAUACUUGACAUUUUUUUCUACGCUGAGAAACAUCUGACAUCGAGAUUAUAUGGCGAUUUAUAUUGGAACAGGGGUGGGGAACCUACAGCAUGUGAGCGACAUAUGAGCAUUUGUUACAAAAGCCCCAAAAUAUGCUCAGUAGGAAUAGUAAAAAAAAAAAAAAAAAAAAAUUGUUCCACGGUG